AUGGUCGAAGCCUUGGCUAUGCCCCAAAGAGGUCUUCAACUUCAUGAGGUAGCUCGGCGGCUAGGAGCUCCUAAAAAGGCAUCUUACUUUAAGCGGACCAGGCGCGGAAAUAACCACCCGAGGGUGGGGAGGCUUAAGUACGGAUCCACUUCGACUGAUGCUGAUGGUAAGCACUCAAGUGCACCGGAAAGUAACCUUUCGUGGUCCUGGAGUUCAUCUCCGGAAAAACCCGAUCCAGAGGGGCUCACUACUGCGACCCUCUUAGUGUUCAUCGAAUCUCCUCUCUCCCCACUGCCUGGGAGGAAAGUUUCAUUGCUCGUCUUCUUCCCUGAAAUGCCUGUUAGUGCCUUCUUUCUCACUACAACACUUAAGAAGCUACGUACGCUGUCGCUUAAGACCUAG